AUGGCACAGCAGUUUCAGGAUGUUCAAUUGGACGACGUAGUCAAAAAGGUUCGUAUCCGAGAAGGUGGCGAUGGUCGCUCCUAUGUCCUUGUGGAAGAUAUUCGUGAUGCAUUCCUCUACUUUGGUGACAAGUUUGAGCUCCAUGGAAAGCCUGUUCCUUUCCUUGAGAAUGGGUUUCAUGAGAGACUCUAUCCAGAGAGGAUCGCGUCGUAUCCGACUGAAGUCCUGACGGUCGUGCCAGUUCUCCCUGCGCCCUCAGAGCCAUCAUCCGCAGCUCUGUCUUCGUCUCUACAGAUUACUGCUGUUCAUCCACCAUUAUCGUCUUGCAGCAUCCCCCCGUUCUUGAGCUCUGAUGUAGCAAGACAAGAGUCUCUCCAUACGCUUUUGGACUCACAGACUAAAAAGUUGAUGAACGUGCUUGAUACCAUGCAGGCUCAAGUCGACAGGCUUGAACGCAAUGCCCAAAUAUCGGAAGGCAAAUUGGCUGAAAUCUUGGCUGCUCAAAAGAACAUUGCUGAAACCCAGGACAAGCUGAUGGUCAAGAUGGAUACCAUGAUCGCAAAUACAGAGGCGCUCUUGACGCAAACCUAUGAGCUGCAUGAGUACACGCUCCCUCGGUUAUUCAUUGUUCUUCCUGAGGUUGCUUACCAUGGGAUCAAUCCGGCUCAGAUCCUUAGUAAAUAUGCGGCUGUCAAGUUUCGACUCUAUUUCCUUUGUGAAUGUGGAACUCAUACGAAUCCCACAGGGCCCCAUCAUAUGAACCAUAUUCAUACUGCACGACACGAAGGAUAUGAGAUUAAGCAUCCCACAGCGUUCUUUCAGAAGUACGGGCCCCAUGCCCUGCGCCUACUGCAUGCGCUUAAGCUUGGCCUCAAUCUCGCCAACGGGGUUAUUCCGGCAUUAUCCACUAUCAAUUUGAUAGACCUGCCCGCACAGCUAGGGAAAGAUCUAGAAUCCAGAGUGUCGGCCAGUAUCCAAUAUUUAACAGCUUACCAGCGCACGAUGGACCCUAGCUUGUCCGGUAUGACUCGCACUGAUCGUUCUACCACUUGUCAAUCUCGUGCUGCACCUGCAUCCUCAAGCAUGAUGGGGGAGUUGGAAUGCCCUCCGAGCCCUUUAGAUGCUAUUGUUGAAGUCGAGGGUGCGGACCUUCGCCGAUUGAAUGCGUAUUUGGAAAAAAAGGAUCAGGAUCGUGCUCUUGGCAAUUUAUUCAGGACAGUGGAUGCGAGAGGCCAUGUGAAGUGGAUAUGUCUGGAUCACUUUCGCUCGACCUACCACCAAAGACGGGAUCGUGAGUUUGAGAACGAGAUUUUAAUGCACCGUGGCCAGUAUGAUAGACGUCUCGGCAUUGUCACAGUGGUCUUGCCUUCUUCUGAAGCCAUCACCAGAUUUAUGGAUGCUAUGACUCAAGCUGGGUCCUUUAAUGAACUCGAUGUUCAACUGCGCAGUUAUGGCUGCCAAGACCUCAAAAUCCUUGGUGAUUCACUUAGUAAGACAAAUGUCUCGAAACUGAUCCUUACUGCUCAUCAAUACAAAGGAAUUUCGUCCCUAUGCAAGAAGAAACUGCCGCCAGUUCUUGAAAUAAUGGCAGCCGGAAAGGUUCGCUAUUUUGAGUUUAAGGAUAUCAAGGAUCUUAUCCCUCCUCGCGGAGUCCAAAUCCCUAAGACUAUGUCAGGUGUUCGCUCCCUGGAACUAACUGGCAUCUCCGUCAAGGAAGGCCAUGAGGUGCUUGGUGAGAUGCUUCAAGCCUUCAAACAUCUGGCUGUUUUCCACUUGGAGGAGACAAAGCUGAAGGAGACCCGACUAAAAUCUGUGCUUAAUGGCCUCUCAUCGUGCCAGGAUCUACAAGUACUGUCCUUCCGCAACUGCGAGAUCCAGAGCGAAAGCGCUGAAACCAUUGCAGAGUUCCUCAAGACCUGCUUGACACUUAAGGAGCUAGACCUAAGUCAGAAUGAGUUCGAUGAUGUUGGCUGUUGUGAAAUCAUUCAGGCAGUUGGUAGCCAACUUACAAAGCUCUUGCUCAAUGACACGGGUUUUGGUGACGAAGCAGCUAUGGCAUUGGAGCGUGUCGUUAGCGGAAAAUUACUGAAGAUCCUUGAUAUUUCUGACUCUUCAAAUAAGCUGGGGCCAGAUGCGACAGAGUGCAUCAUUCGGCUAGGGGGUCGUCUCCAUUGCGUCGAAUUAGCGUUUCCAAGGAUCCAGUCAUCUGCUGACGAAGUCUGUGCAAGGAUCGUGCAAGCUCUGGAUGCAAGUAAACUGGAGCGGCUUGUGAUAGAAGGAAACGAUUGUGGUGACCAUACUGCAGCGGCUCUAGCGCAGAUGCUCUCUGAUCCUGCUCGCCCUUGUGCUGCUCUCACCACCUUCAAAAUUAACCUCCCAAAAGUCACUCAUGCUGGAGCUAUAGUGUUGGCAACUGCUCUUCCUCAAGGCUGCCAGACGGUCAAGAUCUCAUUGCGUAGUCCACACCUGUUCCUGGAAGAUAUGCCUAAGACGACGGCUGUCAAGUCCCUAUUUACGGCCGUCUGCGCUCGGGUGACUUAUCUGACCCUCAGCCAAGUUGAGAUGAGCGAUGAUGAAGCACUGCUGCUCUGUGAUGCUAUUCAAUCCACGGACAUCCUCUGUCGACUGGAAUACCUAGAUAUCUCGAGGAACAGGAUGACGCCGGCUGGUGCGGCCAUGGUACUUGGAACUCCAUCAUAA